ACUUCACACUCAACACCCACAAAUUUCAACACAUAACUCAAACUCUUCUCUCUCUCUCUCUCUUCCAUAUUUUUCUUCUCUCUCUAGUUUCCCUCACUAAAUUCCUAUUGUUAAUUCUCUUAGUUGAACUCUUUAUUUCUUCAUGGACAAGACCACCUCCGAGAGAGAGACUCACGAUUUCAUGAACGUGGAGUCCUUCUCUCAGCUCCCCUUCAUCCGGCCAGCUCCGGUUAAAGAAAAAGGCGGCGGCGGCAUAAGGCUCUUCGGCAAAGAAGUCGGCAGCUGCGGAGGCGGCGGCGAUGUCGCCAACGCUGAAGACUCGCAUGAUCAGUCGGCUGACGUCACCAAUGCCUACGGUGACGGCGGCGGCGAAAACGAUUCGUCCUCGAAAAACAAUAACAAUCACUACAAUGAAGACAACAGCAACAGUAAAAACAACAACGGUAAGGGCGGCGAGAGUAGCCGCCGGUUCGAGUGCCACUACUGCUGCCGGAACUUCCCUACAUCCCAAGCCCUAGGGGGCCACCAAAACGCCCACAAGAGGGAGCGGCAGCACGCGAAGCGGGCCCACCUACAGUCCGCCAUGGUGCACAGCGGAAGCCUCUCCGACGGACACGUGUACGGCCUCAUCAAUUACCACCGUCUCGGCUCUUCCCCCGCGGCGGCGGCUUAUCCCACGUGGGCCGCCAAUUCUAGUAGCGCCACUAGGCAGUAA